ACCGAAGCGUUAAAGCAGAAACAUAGGGAAUAGAGAGAGAGAAAAUAAUGAUAUCUCCAAAAUACCCUUACAGUUCCCAAAAUUAUGAAACAAAAGUACACAAGCUCCUUUUUCAUUCUCAUGGCUGAGAGACUCACUUGUUGCACUUGAAGCCAUCCAUCAUCUAAUCUUAUUCCGUUCUGCACACAUACACAUAUAAAUAUAAAUACAAUUUCUCUUUUGGUAAUUUCACCGAAAAAAAUAAAAAAGAGAAAAAAAAAUGUCCCAAUUUAAUCAUAAAGGUGGUCAGUCCUCCACGCUCGGGCGGAGGAUUCACCACCGUGUGUCGUUGCUUCGCCGAUGUAUCCUCCGUGCUCUUCAACGGUUUCUUGUCUGUUCCGGAAAGAAGCCCGGUGCUAAUGCCACAUAUAGCAUGUUACCGCCACGUGCCGCAUUACCCUCUCCUCUGCCGCCGUUGGAAUCCACCGUAGAAUCUGCCCCACCACCGUUGUUUCACACACAUGAAUUGGACACUGAUUUGGUUUCUCUCAAAAUCAGCUUGUUGGGUGAUUGCCAAAUUGGAAAAACCAGCUUUUUGGUGAAAUAUGUAGGGAAUGAAAAAGAACAAGGAGGGGAACAGAGGAAAGGGGUAAAUCAAAUGGACAAAACUUUGGUUGUGGGUGGAGCACGUAUAUCCUACUGUCUCUGGGAAGUACAAGGGGAUGGGAAAUCAGAAGACCAGAUUCCAAUGGCAUGUAAGGAUUCAGUGGCAAUUUUAAUCAUGUUUGAUCUAACAAGUCGAUGCACAUUAAACAGUGUUCUGGGAUGGUAUAAAGAAGCAAGGAAAUGGAAUCAGACGGCAAUACCAGUAUUGAUAGGAACCAAGUUUGAUGAUUUCAUUCAGCUCCCUAUUGAUAUGCAAUGGACCAUUGCUAGUGAGGCUAGAACAUAUGCAAAGGCCUUGAAUGCCACUUUGUUCUUUUCAAGUGCAACAUACAACAUCAAUGUGAACAAGAUCUUCAAGUUCAUCACUGCAAAACUCUUUGACUUACCAUGGACAGUAGAAAGGAAUCUAAAUGUUGGAGAACCCAUCAUUGAUUUUUGAAAAUGUAAAUUUACGUAGAAAUAGAAGAAUAUCUAUGUCGAAGUAAUUUGCUCAAAAAACUCAAAGUAAUUCAACCGGCCAACCGAAGAUGUUAGUCAAAUUCUCGUCACUCUCGGGGCAAACGAGUUGUUAGGUACUUCCUCAAGACUUAAAUAUAAGUAAAAAUGUGCAUGUAUUUAUUUUAAUACAUAUACAUUUUUUGUGUUUAUAUUUAAGUUUUGAAUAUAGAGAAGUCAUUUUCAAUGAAAAAAAUAAUGUUCAAUUGUCACAUACAAAAGUGUGAUUUUACAUGAAUAAAAAAAAAAAGGAAGUGGAAAAUAAAAAAAAAUGAUAAAGUUAACUGGUGAUAAUGUUGCAAUUACAAAUUAGGCCAUGGUGCUUUUGUCUUACUUUGAAGGAAUUCUUUUUUUAAGACAUGUACUUGUUCUUCUUUUGUUUCCUUGUAUUUCUCACUAAGUUAUGUAGUUGUGGUAUUCCAAAGCUUCUACCGAAUAAACAAAUUGUUUGAAAUGGUUCA